UUAAAACGUCAAAAUUAAAAAAAAUCUAGAGAGAACUCUCGUUAGGCGGCGAUCUCGAUCCACGCCCAAUCAUGGCCGGCGGCGGCGGCCCCAACACUUGGAGGGGCAAGGUCUUGGACGCAAUCUACGGGCACUACGAGGACGCGCUCGCUGCGCUGCCGCCGGCGCUUGCCCCGCGCCUCCUAGCCGCCGGCGUCAGCUUCGGCUUCGCCGACCCCGUCACCAACAUCAUCACCAACACGGUGGUCUGCUCCGACCCCAAGCCCAAGAAGCGGAAGCGGCCGGCAACAGCGAGGGAGGUCCUCUCCAAGGUAGUCGCCGCCGGCAACGGCCCCUCCCCGCCGGAGUCCAGGACCAUCGCGGAGCGUUCGCUGGUGGGCCUCCUCACCUUCGUCACCUCGUAUUUCCGCCACCUCUCCUCGUGGGAUGCCCUGCACUACCUCUACCUGUCCCGGGCCGACCUCCUCGUCGCCGUCCACCUAGUCGAGGUCGACCGCUGCUACUACCGCCGCCGCAAAGACAAAUUCUGCAUCCGCUCACUUGCCGUCAAGACUGCCCUCAAAUGCGCCGCCUUGUCGGCGAGUCUGCCGAACAUCGACGAAUUUCUCGCUGGGUCCUAUGCCUGCGCAUUUCAUCUCAAAUUGAUCACCCAGAUUGCCCCGCCGGCAAAGCGCUGCCGCCGCCUCUUGUCCGGGUUGCUCCAGAAGCCGCCGGUGAAGCUCAACAAGUCCAACAACGACCCUAUUGAUCUUGCUGUUCUACGGCUUCACCACCACGUACCGGAUGCAAGCAUUCAGAAAGUGCCGAGUGAGCUUACGGAUUCACUCCGAGGUGUUCUCAUGGAUCGAAUCCACAAGCAGUAUCUCAAGGCGGUUUCCCAGCUAGCAACCAAAGAAUUUCGGAUUUCUCACCAUCGCAGCCUCUUCAAGGCCGGUUACUGCUAUGGCCCUUUCAGUAGUCCUGUCUCCAACAUCAUCGUCAACACCAUCUGGUAUGGAACUGCAUUCCCUGCACUGCAAGACUUUGAGGUGGAUAUGAUCUCAACCUUAUCACACGUUGAGUUCCGGUCCCUCGAUGGACUCAUCUCCUUCAUGCGUGUGUCCAUCCCUGAGGUAUCUGACCAUGAUGCAAUGGUUUAUCUGCUAAAGAGUAAUCUGAAUAUCCGCAAAGCAAUUAGGAUGGCAACACAAGGAGGACAUGAUACAUCUGGCAGGCAUGAGAGUGGUUACAAGGCAGCAGCAGAUGUGUCGUAUCACCCUAAACCUGAAGCAUAUCUGGAGUUUGUCGUGCACUUCUUACCUACGGUGCGGAUCGCUGUUAGGUCACUGCUUCAAGAUUCUCAGACACCUUCAUCCAGCAAGGUUCUUGAUCUCUCUAGGCUGCUGUCACCACUAGGUGCUAAAUCUUUGGAGCCAAUCGACGAUGAGCUAACUAAGAAUGCCCUGGAGAGGCUCUCAAACUUCAAGACAGGUUUUCUCACCCAACAAAGUUUUGUCUGUGGAAAGGUUAAGGCUGUAUUGCGGAAAUAUGAGCAAACUGUGGGAUGUUGUUAUGAGCUUUGUAUCAUCUGUGGUGUGAAUGGAAGUGUUGGCAAGAGUACAGGAAUCCGACACUUGAAGUUCCAAUACACACAUGCUAACUUUUGGGCAAUGCCAAAGAAUGGAAACAGUGCUAUGUUAUUUUUCGCAGAAUUUAGCAAUGAUGAAGAUAGUAAAAAUCUUCGAUCCUUUUGCCACCCUGUGUCAGAUCUGUCAAGACAUGGUCGCUGUUGUUACUGUGAAUUUCAAGGGAUUAGAAUUGUGCAUCCAAUUGAGAUUUGCUGGGAGGGUGCAAAUGAUUUUGAGAAAAUGGCUCGUGGAGAACACAAAAUCACAAAUGAACUGAUUACUAGUUCUGGGAAGGUGGAAGACUACAUGGUGGGGAUAUACAAGGAGGACUAUAUCUACAUGGAUCCUACACAGGAUGCCAAGUUAAUACGAAUUAUGAACCGUGCUACUUAUAUGAUGAGUCUUGAUCGUGUGGAUGAAAAGGGGAGGUUAAGAGAAUUGGAUCCCCAACAAGCUCAAUAAAGAUCAUGAUUGGGUGAUGUUUGAAAUCUGAUUUCUCAGACAGCUGGUAAACGAACCUUGUGCUGCAGGUCGUCUCUCCUGGCUGACACUUUUGAGACACAAAAGGAGGUGAUUGUAGGAGGCAAAGCAGCGGAGAAAAUGUGAAAUUGAUCGAGGCAUUACAUUGUUCCUGAGGCUGUCAUCUCCUAUUGCUAUAUAUGUCGAAUUAGGAUGUUUCAUGCUAUACUCUGCUUGGAUGUUUAAUAUGAAGUUGCUUUCAAUGAAAAAUGUAUAUUCUCAAGUCCAA